AUGGAUCCGGCCUACAACUACCCUCUCCUGGCCUUCAAAGCAGCUGCACGGCCACGCAGGCACCGAAAACCGACAAUGGGGGAAACAAACUCAAGCUACCCAAGCACAUGUACCCGCUACCACUCACAAGCAAGCAAGCCCACCGGGCAACCCUCACGCUCCGGCAUCCCAUCUGCCCGGGCUACCCCACACAACCCAGCCCUGAAACGCUACCUACCUGGGCCGGGGGUUGACAUGAGUUCCCCCAGAAUUUACCAUCUUCACUCCUCUGAGGUCUCCAGCCAUCGCAUGCUACCUAAGAACGCAGACAGGAGACCCGUGCCCGCCAUCCACGCAGCAGCCUACAAACAUCACCUGCCUAUCGCAAUGCUAGCCUAUCCAAGACAGACCUGA